UCAGGUUAUGUCCAAGAGGAAGAUUUAAAGGAAGAGGAGGAUAUAAAGGAGGAGGAAGAAGAUGAUGAUGACAACAACUCGAUUGCUCAACUCCAGGGCAGCAAUGACACUGGCACGGAUGAAGAACACGAAGUGGGUCCUGAGCAGAAAGGGAACUUUAGUUACCAGAAUUCCCCUGUCAGUCAUAUAUCUAACCAGGAUGCAGAAAAUGAAUCACUACUAAGUGAUGGUAGUGACCAUGUGACAGAUAUUAAAAGCAUUUGCUCUAGAGAGCCACAGGACACAAAAAACAGCGCCCGUCCCAAAGCCCAGAACGAAGCACAUGAUUGCAUGGAUAAAAUGACAGCAGUCUAUGCCAACAUACUGUCAGACUCUUAUUGGACAGGCUUAGGGCUGGGUUUCAAGUUGUCUAACUCUGAAAAGAGGAGUUGUGACAACAGAAAUGGAGGUAACAAAGCUGAUUUUGAUUGGCACCAAGACGCACUAUCAAAAAGCUUACAGCAGAAUUUACCUUCCAGACCUGUCUCGAAACCCAACCUGUUCAGUUCAGUCCAGCUCUACAGGCAGAGCAGCAAAAUGUGUGGAACUGUGUUCACAGGCGCCAGCCGGUUUCGGUGCCGACAGUGCAGCGCUGCCUAUGACACUUUGGUAGAACUAACGGUUCAUAUGAAUGAGACAGGUCACUACCAAGAUGACAACCAUAAAAAGGACAAGCACAGACCUACCAGCUACUCAAAGCCCCGAAAAAGGGCUUUCCAGGACAUGGACAAGGAAGAUGCACAAAAAGUUCUGAAAUGUAUGUUCUGUGGUGACUCUUUUGAUUCCCUUCAAGAUCUGAGUGUUCAUAUGAUAAAAACAAAACAUUACCAAAAAGUGCCUUUGAAGGAGCCGGUACCAACCAUUUCUUCAAAAAUGGUCACUCCAGCAAAGAAACGUGUGUUUGAUGUUAACAGGCCUUGUUCCCCCGAUUCCACAACGGGGUCUUUCUCAGAUACUUUUUCUCCUCAUAAGAAUGCGAACCUGCAGUUAUCAUCUAACAACCGCUAUGGCUACCAGAAUGGUGCCAGCUAUACAUGGCAAUUUGAGGCCUGCAAAUCCCAGAUUUUGAAGUGUAUGGAAUGUGGAAGUUCCCAUGAUACUUUGCAGCAGCUCACAACCCACAUGAUGGUCACGGGCCAUUUCUUGAAAGUCACAAGUUCAGCUUCAAAGAAGGGAAAGCAACUUGUUCUGGAUCCUUUAGCUGUGGAAAAAAUGCAAUCGCUGUCUGAAGCACCAGCCAAUGACAGCUCGAUCUCAAAAUCAACCAGUAAAUCAUCUGCAGAAUGCAUAGCUCCCACAUCUGAACUGAAAAAAGAAAGUAAAAAAGAUAAAGCUGAUGAUGCAAACAAAGAAGAGAAAGCAGUAAAAACUGAAGAGUAUGAAGACACUCUUCAGAAACCACUGGAUCCCACAAUGAAAUACCAGUACCUCAGAGAAGAAGAUUUAGAAGAUGGUUCAAAGGGUGGUGGAGAUAUUUUAAAGUCCUUGGAGAACACUGUCACAACAGCCAUCAAUAAAGCUCAAAAUGGAGCGCCCAGCUGGAGUGCAUAUCCCAGCAUCCAUGCAGCUUAUCAGCUCUCCGAAGGAGCUAAGCCAUCUUUGCCUGUGGGUUCCCAAGUACUGCAAAUUCGGCCAACGAUCACCAACAAAUUGAGGCCCAUAGCCCCAAAGUGGAAGGUCAUGCCUCUGGUCCCUAUCUCAGCAAAUGUGGCCCAGUGCACUCAAGUGAAGAAGGAAACUGAUGACAAGGAGGAGGUACAAAAGGACUAUGCUAAAGAGGGCAUCCAAGCUGAGCCUGCCUCACUCAACCAGAGUGAGAGAGCGCCUCUCAAAUCUGAAGUCCCUGUGGAGCCAAAAAAGACAGAACCAUUUCCCCUGAAAGAAGAAGACAAAAUUAAAGAGGACAGCGGAAAAGAAAAACCACUCCUCAAGGAACCAACAGCAGCUUCUCUUAGUAAUGGUUGUGCUGCUGCCAACCAUUCGUCUGAACUGCCUUGUGUCAACCCUCUCAGUGCUCUGCAGUCAGUACUGAAUAAUCACUUGGGCAAAGCCACUGAGCCUUUACAGCCUCAAUCCAACUCCAGCCCCAGCUCUAGCACAAUUUCUAUGUUUCACAAACCUAAUCUAAAUAUGAUGGAGAAGCCAGUUUUAUCUCCUGCUCCAACCCCACCAAAGCCUGCAAGUGUAUCCAGGCACUAUUUGUUUGAAAACAAUGAUCAGCCUAUUGACCUGACCAAAUCCAAAGGCAAGAAAGCUGAGUCAGCUCAAGCACAAUCUUGUACUUCUCCACCUCAAAAACAUGCUCUGUCGGACAUCGCUGACAUGGUCAAAGUUCUUCCCAAAGCUACUACACCAAAACCUGCUGCGUCUUCAAGGAUCCCAUCUAUGAAAUUGGAAAUAGAUGUCCGACGUUUUGAGGAUGUCUCAACAGAAGUCUCCACUCUGCAUAAAAGGAAGGGCAGACAGUCAAACUGGAACCCUCAACAUCUUCUUAUUUUGCAAGCUCAGUUUGCUUCCAGCCUCUUCCAGACAUCUGAAGGUAAAUAUUUAUUAUCAGAUCUAGGCCCACAAGAGCGCAUGCAGAUUUCAAAAUUUACUGGACUGUCAAUGACCACCAUUAGCCAUUGGCUGGCAAAUGUCAAGUAUCAACUUAGGAAAACCGGAGGAACAAAGUUUUUGAAAAACAUGGACAAAGGACAUCCAGUCUUUUAUUGCAGCGACUGUGCAUCUCAGUUUCGAACCCCAUCUACUUACAUUAGCCACUUAGAAUCCCAUCUAGGUUUCCAAAUGAAAGACAUGAACAGGCUGGCUGUGGAGCAGCAAACCAAGGUAGAGCAAGAAAUCUCCAGAGUUUCAGUUCAAAGGUCUCCUGAAACAAUAGCUGGAGAAGAGGACACAGACUCUAAGUUCAAAUGUAAGUUGUGCUGUCGGACAUUUGCGAGCAAACAUGCAGUAAAACUUCAUCUAAGCAAAACACACAGCAAGUCACCAGAACACCAUUCACAAUUUGUAGCAGAAGUGGAUGAAGAAUAA